AACCGCGGCAGUCAGGAGAACCGCGAGUGCAGCGUAGGGCCAAGGCGCGCCGUGAGGAACCGUGCAGCCCAUCUCGGCCGCCCGGCCCUAGUCCAGCAGGCAGGCGAGCGCAGCGCUUCGAAGCCGAGCGCGCGCCAACGCCUGCGCCCCACGCUGGGGAAUGCGCCCUCGGCGCGCCGACCAGGGGGCGCCCGCAGCCCGUCCCGGGGGAGGCGGCCCCGAGCGCCCCUGAGCCUUCCCAUGGCCCGGGCUAGGGCCCGGGCCCUCGGGUGUUGACGCGCCCGAAGCCCGUAGAACCGGUUAAGCUGUGGUCGCGGCGCUGAUCCCGGCUCAGGCGCGGCGACGAGAGGGUCGGGGCAGGGCCAUGGCCCCGGGGGGCCGCUAGCGCCGGCCGGCCCAACGGGAGCCGCUCAGUGCCGGCGCCGCCCGGGCACCCAGGCCCAGCCGCGGCGGAAGAGGUGUGCAGAGAGCAGAGCCUGCUUCCUGGGCCCUAGGCCCCUCCCACAAUGCCUGUCGCUGGUCUCCUCCUCUGGGCUUCCCUACUGACUGGGGCCUGGCCAGCCACCCCUACCCAGGACCUCCUCAUGGCCAUGCCUCGCGUCCGGCUCUCAUUCAAAGAACUUAAGGCCACAGGCACUGCUCACUUCUUCAACUUUCUGCUCAACACAACUGACUACCGAAUCCUGCUCAAGGAUGAGGACCAUGACCGCAUGUAUGUGGGCAGCAAGGACUACGUACUGUCCCUGGAUCUGCACGACAUCAACCGCGAGCCCCUCAUUAUUCAUUGGGCGGCCUCCCCACAGCGCAUUGAGGAAUGUGUGCUCUCAGGCAAGGAUGGCAACGGUGAGUGCGGGAACUUUGUCAGGCUCAUCCAGCCCUGGAACCGAACACAUCUGUAUGUGUGUGGGACAGGUGCCUACAACCCUGUGUGCACCUAUGUGAACCGUGGCCGCCGAGCCCAGGCCACAUCACGGACCCCCCAGAUGCAGGUGGUCAGAGGCCGCGGCAGCAGAGCCACAGAUGGUGCUCUCCACCCGACGCCCACAGCCCUACGCCAGGAUUACAUCUUCUACCUGGAGCCUGAGAGACUCGAGUCAGGGAAGGGCAAGUGUCCAUAUGACCCCAAGCUGGACACAGCCUCAGCCCUCAUCAAUGAGGAGCUCUAUGCUGGUGUGUACAUUGAUUUUAUGGGCACUGAUGCAGCCAUCUUCCGCACACUUGGAAAACAGACAGCCAUGCGCACGGAUCAGUACAACUCCCGGUGGCUCAAUGACCCUUCGUUCAUCCAUGCGGAGCUCAUUCCUGACAGUGCAGAGCGCAAUGAUGACAAGCUCUACUUUUUCUUCCGUGAGCGGUCAGCAGAAGCACCGCAGAGCCCAGCCGUAUACGCCCGCAUUGGGCGUAUCUGCCUGAAUGAUGAUGGUGGUCACUGCUGCCUGGUCAACAAGUGGAGUACAUUUCUGAAGGCACGGUUAGUCUGCUCCGUUCCAGGCGAGGAUGGCAUUGAGACUCACUUCGACGAGCUCCAGGAUGUGUUUGUCCAGCAGACCCAGGAUGUGAGGAACCCUGUCAUUUACGCUGUCUUUACUUCCUCAGGCUCCGUGUUCCGAGGCUCUGCCGUGUGUGUCUACUCCAUGGCUGACAUUCGCAUGGUCUUCAACGGGCCCUUUGCUCAUAAGGAAGGCCCCAACUACCAGUGGAUGCCCUUCUCAGGGAAGAUGCCCUACCCACGGCCUGGCACAUGCCCUGGUGGAACCUUCACGCCUUCCAUGAAGUCCACAAAGGACUAUCCCGAUGAAGUGAUCAACUUCAUGCGCAGUCACCCACUCAUGUACCAGGCCGUGUACCCACUGCAGCGGCGGCCCCUGGUGGUCCGCACAGGUGCUCCCUACCGUCUUACCACUGUGGCUGUGGACCAGGUGGAUGCAGCCGAUGGGCGCUAUGAGGUGCUUUUCCUGGGCACAGACCGCGGGACAGUGCAGAAGGUCAUUGUGCUUCCCAAAGAUGACCAGGAGAUGGAGGAGCUCAUGCUGGAGGAGGUGGAGGUCUUUAAGGACCCAGCACCUGUCAAGACUAUGACCAUCUCUUCCAAGAGGCAACAACUGUAUGUGGCCUCAGCUGUGGGUGUUACACAUCUGAGCCUGCACCGCUGCCAGGUGUAUGGGGCUGCCUGUGCUGACUGCUGCCUCGCCCGGGACCCCUACUGUGCCUGGGAUGGUCAGGCCUGCUCCCGCUAUACAGCAUCUUCCAAGAGGCGGAGCCGCCGGCAAGAUGUCCGCCAUGGAAACCCCAUCAGACAGUGCCGUGGAUUCAAUGCCAAUGCCAACAAGAAUGCUGUGGAGUCUGUACAGUAUGGAGUAGUAGGCAGUGCAGCUUUUCUGGAGUGCCAGCCCCGCUCACCCCAAGCCACUGUUAAGUGGCUGUUCCAGCGAGAUCCUGGGGACCGGCGCCGAGAGAUUCGUGCAGAAGACCGCUUCCUGCGCACAGAACAGGGCCUGUUGCUUCGUGCCCUGCAGCUUGGUGAUCGUGGCCUCUACACCUGCACAGCCACUGAGAACAACUUCAAGCAUGUUGUCACACGAGUGCAAUUGCAUGUACUGGGUCGGGAAGCCGUCCAUGCUGCCCUUUUUCCACCUUUCGCUGUGAGCGCCGCACCACCCCCAGGCAUAGGCCCUCCCACGCCUCCUUACCAGGAGCUAGCCCAACUGCUGGCCCAGCCAGAAGUGGGCCUCAUCCACCAGUACUGCCAGGGUUACUGGCAUCAUGUGCCUCCCAGCUCCAGGGAGGCUCCAGGGGCACCCAGGCCUCCUGAGCCCCAGGACCAGAAAAAGCCCCGGAACCGCCGGCACCACCCUCCGGACACAUGAGGCCAGCUGCCUGAGCCCUGCAACGGGCCAGCCUAGCCCUCAUCCCUUUUAAUAUAAAAGAUAUAUAUAUAUAUAUAUAUAUAAAAUAUCUAUAUUCUAUACAUACCCUGCCCCUGCAAAGACAGUAUUUAUUGGUGGGUUGAAUAUAGCCUGCCUCAGUGGCAAUGGCAUCCAAAACUUCAACCUGUGCUGGUCAGAGAUGGCAGGAAACAGCCCACCUAACCAGGCUGAGCCAGUUGGCAAAGCCAGGCCAGAUCACACAAUCUCCAGAUUCAGCUGGAAGUCUGCUUGCUCAACAGCCACUGUCAAGAUCUAUAGGAGAUGGGGGGCGGGGGGAGGAAGCAAGCCCUGUUUCGAUGAGACAUGGACUGGACACCUUUGCUGAUGUAUGCUAUCAACUGUGCUAUGGCAUAAACAUGGAUGCCAGGACUGCUUUGGAGACUGGGGUGGGGCUUGGGUGCACUCAGAGAAGGGAAGAAAGGGCCAUCACAGGAUGCUGACCCCUGCCUGGGUUUGGGGCACUCAACCAAGGCCAGCCCCUUCCCAGGUAUUUAUUCUCUAUUUAUUGGGGAUAGGAGAAGAGUCCUGCCUGAGUAGGGCAGCCUCUUCAGCACCUUCUCCCUGUCUAGCCAGGGCAGAGCUGCCCCACUCUACCUCCUUAGCUUUUUCUGUGCCACCUUGACUCAGGCUGGGAGAAUAGCAGAGGGGCCAGGUGUAGGAGGGUGGAAGGGAGCCCCCUACCCUGAAGGGAGAGGGAGCCAUAGUGGAGGCCUGGGGCCUGCAGGGGCUCCCCAGAACUGCCUUCUGCCUGCCACUUCAGGCAAUGAGUGUAAAUAGCUCUGGGAGGCAGUUGGGUAGAUGGGGAGCUCCUGGCAGCCUCUCCUCUGCUGCCCAGGCCAUAGCCACCCUUGGGUUCCAUCUUGCUAAUAAACACUGGCUCUGGGACUAGA